AUGACUGCCUUAAUGUUGGCUGUUUCUCAGGAUUCAUCCAAUGUGGAUGACCUGAUGAGACUGGACAACCUUGUGGCCAGCACAGCUUACCUGAAUGCUCAGCAUGUAGACAGCAAUGAGCUGAGGAAGCUGAGACUCUCUGACGCUGCCAAAGCCAAAGAGACCUCUGCUCUGCGAGUGGAAGUGGGACGGAAGUACGAAUCUCUGUGUGAGCAACAGCCAAUCGGAAGAAAUUUGUUCCGGCAGUUCAUCCGGGCCACUAACCCGCAGUAUUUGGCCGCCAUUGAGUUUCUGGAGGAGCUCAAUAACUGGAGCUUUACUGAAGAUGAAGCCAGAGAGAAGGUCAAACAGAGCAUCCUCGCUAAGUUCUGUCAACCAGAGUCGAAAAGUUUUCUCUCCUACCUCACAGGAGAGGCAGCUGAGAAACAAAAGAAGUUAUCAGACAAGAACUUCAAUGAGGUGGUGAUGGGCCAGAUUAGAGAAGCCACAAGGGACUUUCUGAAGGGGAGACCUUUCUCAGAGUAUCUGAAAAGCCCCUAUUUUUACAGGUUCUUGCAGUGGAAGGAGCAUGAGAAGCAGAAAAUAAGUGAAUAUUUUUACGAGUUUCGGACUUUGGGAAGAGGAGGCUUCGGUGAGGUUUGUGCAAUGCAGGUGAAACACACAGGCCAGAUGUAUGCCUGCAAGAAGCUUGACAAGAGGCGCCUGAAGAAGAAAAGCGGCGAGAGGUUUGCUCUCCUGGAGAAGCACAUCCUGGAGAAGGUCAACAGUCUCUUCAUCGUUAACUUGGCCUACGCUUACGACAGCAAGAACCACCUGUGCCUGGUCAUGGAUCUCAUGAAUGGAGGAGACCUCAAGUUCCAUAUCUAUGAGCUUGGGGAGCGGGGUAUUCGCCUUGAGCGUGUCAUUUACUACUCAGCCCAAAUAACCACUGGGAUUCUCCACCUGCACGCGAUGAACAUCGUGUACAGGGAUAUGAAGCCCGAGAACGUGCUGCUUGAUGCCAAAGGACAGUGUCGGCUGUCAGAUCUCGGAUUGGCUGUGGAGCUGCCAAAGAGCAAGACGAUCUGCCAGAAGGCUGGUACAACUGGUUACAUGGCUCCUGAGAUUCUGAGGCAGGAGAACUACCGCAUGUCUGUGGACUGGUGGGCCCUCGGCUGCAGCAUGUAUGAGAUGGUUGCCGCCCGUUUGCCUUUCAAAGACUUUAGAGAAAAGGUGCAGAAAGAGGAGGUGACCCGUCGCACACUUGAUGAUGAGUGCAAGUUUGAACAAAAACUCUUUGACGAUACCACAAAGGAUAUCAUCAGUCGCUUUCUUAAGAAGAAGGUGGCACAUCGUCUGGGGUGCCGAAGUGGUGAUGACCCACGAAACCACUCAUUUUUCAAGAGCAUCAAUCUCCACCGUCUGGAGGCCGGGCUACUGGAAGCCCCAUGGAUGCCAAAACCCAACAUCGUCUAUGCCAAGGAUGCACACAAGCUCAGGGAAACCUCUGACAUCGAGGACAUUUUGUUUGAUUCCAAGGACAUGAAAUUCUUCAAGGAGUUCAACACGGGCGCCGUCGCCAUCCAGUGGCAGAAGGAGAUGAUUGACACUGGAGUGUUUGAUGAACUGAACAACCAGGAACUAAAUGGUCAUGGUUAUGGGAGCGACUGGAAAUCAAGGAUGUGCAUCAUUUUGUGA